AUGCUUGCUUAUUCUGAGCAAGCGCCUUUACCGUCUGCGGACGCGCGCUGGCCGGCUGCGAAGAUCAAGGGUGGUGGUUCAGUGGGCGCUAUGCGGUGGUCGGCGGCGGCUGCGUGGCUGUGCGCCGCGCUGGUGGGGGUGGGGGGCGACGCCCUGGGCGGCCUGGGCCAGCUGCUGCCGCCCUGGCUCGGGGGCAACCUGGACGAGAUCGUGCGCGCCGCCUCCGAGACCUGUGAGGCUUUGCCGCUGGACGUCUUACUAUCGAAGGCAUAUGUUCCCGACAUCAGUGUGGUGCAGUUCCAGCGCCACUCGCAGAAGAGCUUCAGCCUGUCGAAGGCCCACCUGCACCUGCGGGACCACUGGCCUCCCACCCUCGUGGUCUACAUCCCCGGCUGGUGGAACACGCCCGCCGACGAGUCGUCUAAGACUUUGGUCGGAGCCCUGCUCAACAAGAACCCCUACGUCUUGGUCCUGGACACGAGGCUGAUUUUCUGCAAAGGGUACGUCACGUCGGCAGCCAGUGUGAACAGCCUCGGCCAUCGUCUGUACAAGUUCCUGAAGAAUAUGGACAAUGACGGAUUCCCCAUGUCAUCGGUGCACCUGAUCGGCUUCAGUCUGGGAGCACACGUGGCCGGCAUCGCAGGGAAAUCAGUACAGAAGCAUCUGAAUAGGAAAUUAGACAGAAUCACUGCGCUUGACCCAGCCCGGCCGUGCUUCGCUCGACCGUCCCAGUACAGGCUGGACAAGAGCGACGCCAAAUUUGUUCAAGUGCUGCACACGAGCGCCGGAGUGCUGGGUCUCGAGCUACCUCUGGGACACAUCGACGUGUACGCCAACGGGGUCAAGAUAAAGCAGCCGGAGUGUUCUGACCGCAGCAUAAGCCUGGAAUGCGACCACGCCCAAGCGUGGCGCCUGUUCUCAGCCUCCGUGAUGAACGACCACGCGCUGAUGGGGCGUCGCUGCAAGAGCUGGGACGAGCUGAACAGGAGACGCUGCACUGGCAAUAAAACCUCGGUCGGCUACUCGUGCAGCACGGCGACGCGCGGAAUGUAUCUAUACAAGUCCACUGGGAGGGAGAAGGAGCCACAGCUGAAAGUCUUCAACCCGUUGGAUCUGUCAACGUGGUGGGCAAGG